CUAUUAUCGUUCACUUUUUCACCGUAUUUAUAUCGCUCACUGUAGUUAAUGUUAAAAUUGUGUUGUGCGAUUUCUUGUGUACAUUUAUUCGAUGAUGUUCGAGAGUGCAAUGCUGUACCUGACUAUGAUGGUGAAACAACGGGAAGUUAACUUCGACAUUGUAAACAUAUAGUUUGACGAACUAUUCUUCGUGAAAGAAUUGAUGGGCUUAAGUUGAGCCUGGAGCGAUACAGUGAAAGCGUUAACGUAUUCAGAAUCUGUUCAAUAUCCUGAAGUAGCGUAGUAAACGAUCAAGUAUCUGCGUACCGAAGGCAACGUCUCGUCCUUACGUUCUCGUCUUUCGUGUGUGCAUUUUGGUUUGGCGUGAUUUCAUUCCCGCUCCCUAGGGGGGUUGUAACACAGCGGUACGCAGUAAAAUAAGUCAAUGGAAAACCCGGCGAAUUCUGCUGGCGCAGCAAGUAGCAAGGAAAAAAUGUCAGAAGCGCAGAAAAAUAUUCAAAAAUUCUGGCCUAAUGUAAUGCGCGAUAUGCAGGGGAUUCGGAACGUUGAACCUGGCAAUCAGGUGCUACCGCUUGCGCGUAUAAAGAAAAUCAUGAAACUGGAUGAAGACGUUAAGAUGAUCUCAUCGGAUGCACCGCUGUUGUUCGCGAAAGCUAUCGAAAUUUUUAUCCACGAGCUAACACUGCGAGCCUGGCUGCAUACGGAGCACAAUAAACGCCGCACGCUGCAACGCAGUGACAUCGCGAUGGCAAUUAGCAAGUACGAUCAGUUUGACUUUCUCAUCGACAUCGUGCCGCGGGAUGACAUUAAAGUUGGCAAGAAGGAUUAUGCCGAGAUGAAGGCAGUCGGUGUUGCCGGGGACGACAUACAGUACUACUUUCAGCUGGCUCAGCAGCACCAACACGUCCUCCAACAGCAGCACCCGCCAACAGCAACGGCUCUUGCGGUAGCAAUUGCAGGAGUGAAUACAGCUACAACAACAACGACUGCUACAAAAACGGUGGCACAAGUGACGAACGGUACUAGCAUCGUGCAACUGAAGCGAACCAACCAGUCUCAAGCUCCUUCGUUCCAGCAAAUACCGUUAAAGUUAUCACAGGGUCUUCAAGGAAUAACGUUUGCCAAUGCAAGUGUGGUGACUAGUAGCAGUAGCAACCCGUCCAGCGUAACCGCGAAUACGGGUACGAAUCAAGCGCUCCAACUAUUUCAGCAAGUGAUGACUAGUUCGGGCGAAAUCACGCAAAUACCGAUUUCGAUACCUCAAAACCAAUUGAGUUUCAUUCGGGCUGCUGGUGUAUCUGCAACAGCUACCACCACUGGAUCUGGUCAACCAAUAUUUCUACAAACCACAUCAUCGAUGCAAGCAGGGCCUGCAGUUAUACAUACGGCACCGACUGGCGUGUUUCUAAGUACGAGUCAGUUUCAGCAGUUGCAACAGCAGCAAACGCAGCAACAGCAAUCUCAGCAACAACGAUCACAUCAUCAACAACAGCAGGAAAAUCAUCAGCAGCAACAGGACUAACGUAUGUUUUGUCAUGGAUUUUGAGGUGUGCGCUAACACUGUGUAGCGAACUUAACACUACAUAUACAAGGGCCGGGCUGAAAUGUCCGACCCCAACGUGAAGAUAGUUGCUCGUCCGUAGAUCAUACGUCUAUGUUGCACCGAUUAGUUUCGUCGUUAGUCGUCGGUAUUAAUAAGUGGUCGGUUUCUAACCCAAAAUCGGUUUGUCAAUCUUCUGACAGUUCUGAUUUAUAUCCGGCAAUUACAACCGCUGAGCGGUCUUGGUCUGGAACAGAGACAAUCGUAACAGAGCAAUAGAGAUUUAGACCACCCACUUAUUUUCAGACCAGAUUUAGGAACGUUUGCUAGGUCGAUUUCAGAUUAUUUAAUAUGGACAGCUAAUAGCUAAAUCCCGAAAAUUUGGUUUCACUUAAAGUUGAGUUUAGAAGCAACUAAUGGGUUGUACGUAUCGAACAUGGUUGAAUCAUUCUCACGCUCUAGGAUAGGCUAACGCUAUAACGACGAAACAUUUUACGUUUACAUGUUUGUGCAGAUAUCUUUAUUAUUUUUAAAAUAUCUAAUUAUAUAUUUUAUUGAAUUAAUUCUGUCUAUUUCGAACCAUUCUAUAAUAUUACACACAUUAUACUAUAAUUAUUGCAUUCUAAUUGAUUUUUUUAAGUUUUGCUAUUCGCCUCGCCAUUGUUAUUUACUCUAAUCAAACCGAUCAGUUUCUGCACUGCAAAUAUGCACUAAAACGUGUUGGGUGGACAUGUGAUGAAAGGACACAGAGGGCGCAGUAGGUUCCGUAGGUUAAUACCAGAUUCCGGGUGGAUUCCGGCUAAUAACGGGUGGAUUCCGGCUAAAUCUGGUAUUAACCGGCUUCCGGUUAAUACCAGAUUCCGGCGCUCGACCGCAAGCGAGCGAGGGAUGCCCUAUUGCAAGCCAGGACCGCUCGACAGUUGUUAUGAUGGAUAAGAGAGACAGAGAAAGAGAAAGAAAGGAAAAAAUAGACAGAGAAAAAGAGGUAUGCGUAUAAUCCUACAUGCAGUACAUACGCUACAGUUUUUGAAAUUUAAUGUCGUCUGUAGCACUGUACAGACGGCAAGCAUUUGAUUUCAGCAUAUGUUUUCGAAUUUUGCGUUUUCCUAAUUCGUAGUUUGUUUGUAACUGUAUUUUUAAUACAAUUAGUUUGAAUUAAAAUAUUUUUUAAAAGCACCGGGCCGAAUUUAUAAUUAAAAUAUAGUUACAAUGGAAACAGGACAGACAAAUAAGACAUGUAAUAUAAUGCCCUAACAUUUGGUUUCAACACGCGCAGAAAAUAUCUGCGUGCAAUUUAAGCCAUAUUUCGCUAUGCACAUAUUAUAAACCCAUUAAAAAACUGGAACAAAAUAUAGCAACUUUCGCUGGA